AUGACCACAACAAUAUCAGCCACUACCAUUAUCAACGGCACAUCAAGUGCACAGCCAUCGUUGACUCCAGUUCCGAGUGCGGUGAGCAGCAGCCCAAUUCCUAUUGGCUACGUCGUGGUUGGUACCGUCUACAUUUCUAUCCUCGCCCUCCUGUUCUGCGCAGUGACAGUCUUCUGGGUUGGGAUGAAGAUCGUGCUGGCUAUUGAUCGGUACAAGGCACACAAGGUGAGAAAGGCAGAAGACAUCGAGAACAGAGUGGUUACUGAGACAGUCAGGAGGAGAAUGCCAGGCCGGUUGAUCCGCAGGCUGAGACGCCGUUCUGAACGGAGCUAUGCUCGCAAAGUUGUUGUGGAAAUCGAGAUGCAGCCGGUUCAGAGUGAUUCGGGGCCCGACCAUGAUGAUGGGCGUCAGCGGUCUCUAUACCCGAUGAGGGCCCUUCAUACCGAGAAGCGUCCGCAUUUGACACACCCAGAUCGAAAUUCCACCUGCGACAGUCAGCAUUCGAUCCAUGACAACAGUCAUUUUGUCGAGCUUGUGGAAGUCCCUGUGGACGUCACAGUCGAUAUCGCGGCGUGGUGGCAGUCUGGAUAUAGCACAAAGUGA